AGUGCGGUCGGCUGCUCGCUCUACUUUCUGUUCGCGUCGGCGGAGAGGCCGCGACGACCGCAUCAGAGCUGACGUGGUGCGACGUGGGGCCGCCGUCGCCGGGUUGCCUGGGCGGCGGCCGUCGAGCUCUGCGUCCCCACCUCCUCCCGUCGUAAUCAGUGACGAGCCCGCUACGUAAACCCUUCGCGGCGGGAUAAAUAAAGAAGAAAACAGGAAAGGAGCAAAACAUUAAUUGCACAUGUAAUAAUAAUGAACAAAUGUGUCAGGAAAAAGUAUAUGAGGACAAAUGUAAGGCAAAUGACCAUGGAAACAAUUGAAUCACAACAACAUCGAAGUGUAACACAUUCUGGGGCAGAGCACAGCUCUGCUCAUAUGCAGACUGGACAAAUUUCUGUUCCUACUCUAGCUCAGGUUUCUGUAGCUGGAUCAGGCACUGGAAGAGGCUCCCCAGCUGUGACUCUAGUACAGUUACCUUCAGGCCAAACUGUGCAGGUCCAGGGAGUAAUUCAGACACCACAUCCAUCGGUCAUUCAGUCACCACCAGUACAAACUCUGCAGGUAGCAACAAUUGCAGAGACAGAUGAUUCUGCAGAUUCAGAAGUAAUCGAUUCUCAUAAACGUAGAGAAAUUCUUUCACGAAGACCCUCAUAUAGAAAAAUACUGAAUGAACUUUCCUCUGAUGUGCCUGGUAUUCCCAAGAUUGAAGAAGAAAAAUCAGAGGAAGAAGGAACACCACCUAACAUUGCUACCAUGGCAGUACCAACUAGCAUAUAUCAGACUAGCACGGGGCAAUACAUUGCUAUAGCCCAAGGUGGAACAAUCCAGAUUUCUAACCCAGGAACUGAUGGUGUUCAGGGACUCCAGGCAUUAACAAUGACAAAUUCAGGAGCUCCUCCGCCAGGUGCUACAAUUGUACAGUAUGCAGCACAAUCAGCCGAUGGCACACAGCAGUUCUUUGUCCCAGGCAGCCAGGUUGUUGUUCAAGAUGAGGAGACUGACCUUGCCCCAAGUCACAUGGCUGCUGCCACAGGUGACAUGCCAACUUACCAGAUCCGGGCUCCUACUGCUUUGCCACAAGGAGUGGUGAUGGCUGCCUCACCAGGAAGUCUGCACAGUCCCCAGCAACUAGCAGAAGAAGCAACUCGCAAGCGGGAGCUGAGGCUGAUGAAAAACAGGGAAGCUGCUAAAGAAUGUCGACGUCGAAAGAAAGAAUAUGUAAAGUGUCUGGAGAGUCGAGUUGCAGUGCUGGAAGUUCAGAACAAGAAGCUCAUAGAGGAACUUGAAACCUUGAAAGACAUUUGCUCUCCCAAAACAGAUUAGUAGAAAUAUUUAACUAUGAACUGAUUACAGCAUGUACAGUUGCUUUUGAAUGCAAUACAAUAUAUAGCCGGCAAGAAUUAUGGCUUUUUCCUUUGUAUCAUUCAUCUGACUUUCUAAUAUCUAACAUUCCUAAAAUACUUUAUUGUAUUUAAUUAGCUCUUACCUCUAAGGUCAAUUUUCUUAGAAGAGACACACUGUACAAAAAAAAUGUAUGUAACAAAUUCUUAAAAUGAAUUAUUUGUAAGACUUGUUUCAGUGCAACAUAUUCGCAGUUCCCAGUCUCUCUGUCAUGAAUAGUGUUCUAUGCAAUAAAAAUUUUGCAGGUUUUAAGAAUCAUUUUAGGAAAGGAUGAUCAAAGGCAGUGCAUCCAGCAGUACAAUAAAAUCAAACUGCAGAAAUACCUCAGGAAAGAAUGAGAGGAAGUGUAUCUUGAUGACCUGGCUAUGUGAGAAGAAUAGCCUAGAAAUGAAUUUGUGCAUUUAUAGAUUUUUAUAAUCGUCACUUUGUAAAGAAAAUAUUGUAUUGCUGUCCUUGAAUGCCAUAGUUGAAGACAGUUUUCAAUAGAACCAUGUUGGUUGC